GUGUAGCUCUCCAACUAGCAGCAGCUAGCCUGUUAGAGACAGCAUUAGCAAGUCCAUAUCGACAGCAACAGCAAUAUUACUAUUCUUUGAGGAUAUACGGAAAAGGGCGAACCUACAGCCACUGAGCAUUUGGAGACGCCAUGGACCGAUACUUAAUCGAAGUUAAUAUGCUGUAGCAGAAUGGAGUUACCAGACCAAACUUGUUUUGAGGGGUACUGCAUAAGGACACGGCUCUGUUUCAGCCCUCACAACAAGGAGCCAUAAACUUCAUGCAUCGUGUGAAGUCACUUACUCUCCAGAAAGUGCAAAUUGCCCUCAGAAAGAGACUCUUAAAGGACAGGCAUGUUUGCCAAGUUGAAGAAGAAGAUCGCAGAGGAGGCUGCCACAGCACCUCGCAGUGGUGUUCGAAUACCGCGAACCAUCAGCAAGGAAUCCAUCACCUCAGUGGGGGCAGACUCGGGGGAUGACUUUGCAUCAGAUGGCAGCAGCUCCAGGGAUGACCUUCCCGCACAGCUUCUCAGAAGGAAUGAUCAGAUCCGGAAGCUGGAGGCCAAGCUAUCAGACUACGCUGAGCAGCUACGAAUUAUGCAGAAGACGAAGGAGAAGCUUGAAAUUGCAUUAGAAAAGCAUCAGGAUUCAUCUAUAAAGAAACUUCAAGAGCAGAAUGAGUCUCACCAGGCCAGCCGAGCGAAAAUGGCUGAGGGGAUGGCUUUAGCACUGGAAAAGAAGGAUCAGGAAUGGAUGGAGAAGAUGACUGAUAUAGAAAAGGAGAGGGAUUCCCUGUCAGCUCGGCUAGAGGAGAUGAUGGAGCAAAGCUUAGCACUCUUCCAGAAAAGGGAUGACCUGGAUGAACUGGAGGGCUUUCAGCAGCAGGAGCUGGCUAAAGUUAAACACAUGUUGUUGAAGAGGGAGGAGCAGCUGGGCCAGCGCGAACAGGAGCUCCAGCAAAAGGAGGCUGAAGUUCAGUCGGCAAAGCAAGGGCUGUCUGAGGCUCGAGGGAAAUUCCAUAUUCUGAAACAGCAGCAUGAGGAGAGCUGCAGACUCAACUCUGAGCUGGAAAUAGAGCGAGAGGAGCUGCUGUUGCUCAGAGAGGAGGCAGACAAGAAGAUCAGUGAGCUGGAUGGACGAUGCCAGGAGCUGCAGUCAGUCAUCCAGCAGGUCUCUGAAGAUUUCCAGAAGUCACAGAGUAUGGUGUCGACCUUAGAGAGGUCCCUCCAGGAAUUACAGACUGAACAUGAUGCCCUGAAAUUACAACAACAAAAGGCUGCUGUAACAGAGGAGGACAAGGAGCGCUUGUUAGUGGACCUUCAGAAGAAAGUGACAUCUCUGGAGAGAUGGUUGCAGAGUAACCUGAGCCAGGAUGAACAUCUGCAGGAGCUCCUCCACGAGAAGUCUAGCCUGGAGCAAAAUUUGGAGGAGACCAGAGCAGAGCUGCUGCUGGUUAGGACAAACCAUGCAGAUACUGUCAGCUCUCUGGAGACACAGGUAUCCAGAAUGAGCUGCAGCAUUACUGAGCUGCAGACCCUUCUACGACACAAAGACGACUCCUCCAGAGCCUACAGAGAGAGAACAGACUCACAAAUAGCUAAUUUGGAGCAGCAAAUCCUUGAGAGUAGUGAGAGACUGAAGAGUGCAGAGCAUCAGAUCAUAGAGAAACAGCAUCACAUGGAUAAACUGCAAGGAGAGUGGAGUGCAGAAAAGGCCUUUCUGGAUCAGCAAGUGUGUUUGUUACAGCAGCAGAGUCAGGAGAAGGUCAGCUGCCUGGAGGAAACCAUUACCUCUUUACAGACAGAAAAACAGACACUGCAGGAUGCAGUGGCUGAUCUGGACAGGCAGAGGCACGAGGUAAACUCCACUCUGAGCCAGUGGACAGAGGAGCUGGAACAGUGCAGGGCAGAACUGAACAGUCGGCAGACAGUGAGCACGGAAAUUGCCAAAGCUCUAGAAGAAACCAGACGACAGAAGGAGGAGCUGCAAACACAGGUUGGAGAGCUGACCACAUCUCUACAGACCUCACAGCAGGAGCUGUCCAAUGUCACUGAAAAGUUAGCACUGAAAGAAGAAGACAUCAAAACACUCCAGAAUGAGGUGCAGCAACGGCAGGCAUCGCUGGUCCAGCUGCAGGAGGAGGUACAGCAACAGCAAGCCCAACUCGAACAGAUGGAACUGGACAAAGACUCCCAGCUGAGCAGCCUGAGGGAGGAGCUGCUCAACCAAACACAGCAGCUGGAUAGCUGCCAGGCACGGAUCUCAUACCUGGAGGUUGAGGUGGAAACCUUGACAGAGCAGCUUCACAGCCCUGAAGUGUGUGAGGAGGAUCAGAACGGCAGUGUGACAGUGGAUGAUCUGGAUCACAUUCAGAAGGUCAACAGAGAGCUGGAGCAGCAGCUCAGUGACAAGAACAGGACCAUCAAGCAGCUGCAGCAGAGACUGGCAGAACUAAAGAGGACUCUGCAGAAGGAACUGAAGCUCAAGUCUGAGCCAGAAGCUGAAGGGAAGGAGAAGGUUCCAGAAAACCGAACAGAAAAACAAGAGAAGGUUUGUCCGGACCCCCCACCUGCAUCCAUGCAGAGCCCCCCCACCUCCAGCACCACAGUAACCAACACCUCAGACCUCAACGACUCAAGAGAAAUCAACUUUGAGUAUCUCAAACACGUUGUGCUCAAAUUUAUGUCAUCCAGAGAGGCUGAGGCAUACCAGCUAAUACGAGCUGUAUCUGUGCUGCUGAAUUUCACUCGUGAGGAAGAGGAUAUGUUGAAACAAACUCUGGAGUACAAGAUGUCCUGGUUUGGAUCCAAGCCUUCUCCAAAGGGUGCCAUCCGCCCUUCAAUCUCAGGCACCUCGACUCACUGGAGUUGAUGAGCAGCAGAAAGAGUUAAAGCAAUGGAACCAAUGGACCACCUCCAGGAGGAAGAAGUCCUUCUGCUGUGGCUCCCAUCAUUGAGGAGAACUCUAGCUUUAAACCUUGAACAGCCUUCCACAGUUUUCUCUGGCUCUGUGUGGGAAGGACUGUUUUCUGCUAGUUGGGACAGAGAAGGGCUGCACAGUAUGUUCAUAAUCAGCUGCUGAUUUUUAAAUGACAUUAUUUCCUUGUCAGCAGGCAGAUGGUAGGUAGACCAUAUGUUAUACAGGGCAAACUGAAACACAUCAUCACACUUGAGGUAAUGUCUUAUUUUUCCUUCCUGACACAACACAGAUUUGAUGUUUUCUAUUUUGUGAAAACAGUAGGAGGUGAGUGAACAUGUCAGAAAAUGAGACACAUCAGAGAGAAAUAACAGACUGACCUGACUGUUGUCUUAGGAGCUGCCUCAUCUUUACCCAAAUUCAAACCACACAAGUCCUAUUUGUUUUUGUGGGAACAAAAACAAUGUAACUUGGUGUGCCUGUCUUCACUGGACAGAUGGUGCAGCCUUUGUUUGCUGAAGGACCUUUUAGCCUGUCACUUGGUUAAUCUGUUAUUUGAAAUCUCAGAGGUCAUUUAAUGAUCACUACAGGUUACCGAAGCUGAACUGGCUUCACUAUCAGUAUCAGCGAGAGUUUAGUUAACAGUACCUACCAGAUGGACAUAAAUUGUUGAUAUUUGUGUCAAAGGAUCUAAAUUUGUCUACAUGUACAGUUUGAGGCCCUUUUUCUGAGUUUGUCCUUAAAAAUGUCAUCACCCAUUUUCUUAAAUGGUACAGCAGUAAAUGAGUUUCAUCUGUGUUCUAAUGGCCAAAGAAUGCACAUAGUAUAAGACUACUUUAUAAAGCUCCUUGAACGAUCAGGGAAUCCAGGCUGGAUUUCUGUCCCCCAAAAUCCAAAAUGUCCUUAAGAAAUGAGAAUGCUGACAUUUUAUCCUUUGUGAUGGGUGAUUUUUGAUUAGUCACGAUGAACUGUGUUGCAUUUUAAAUCCAAAUUAAGUUCAGUGUGGAUCUUUUAUUGGAACUUCCUUGCUCUCAUUUCUUGUUAAAAUGACAUUUUCAUCACAUUUCUUUACACACCAUCACAGAAAUCACCACCAUGAUGGUCUGAGCUAAAGCCCAACUGGUACUAAUUUUUUAAGGUCAAUACUAGUGUUACAGUAUAGUAAAUACAUAGAAAAAAUAUCUGUUAACAAUAUG